AAUUAUUCAAGCAAGGUGGACGCAAUUAUCAGCUGGAUACAAACGGCAGUAGAGAUUGGCAUAAUAUGGGUGCUAAGCUUUCACGUCAUGAGUUAUCUACUAGGCACUAUACUUCCAUGCAUAAAUGGAAAGAAUUGGAAAUUAGACUUCACAAGAAUGAAACUAUUGAUAAGGAGAUUCAUGAACAAAUCAAGAAGGAGAAAGAAUAUUGGAAACAAGUAUUGAUAAGAAUUUUUGCUGUUAUUAGAACCCUUGCUAAAAAUAAUUUGGCGUUCCGUGGAACAAACGACAAGGUUGGUGUAGCGAAUAACGGUAAUUUCUUAAGCUUUAUUGAAAUGAUUGCCGAGUUCGAUUUGGUAAUGCAAGAACAUCUUCGACGUAUUAAAAACCAUGAAGUUUAUCAUCAUUAUCUUGGUCCUUCAAUCCAAAAUGAAUUAAUCGCAUUGUUGGCACGUCAUGUGAAAGAUAAAAUUGUUCAGAAAAUUCAAGAAGCAAAGUAUUUUUCUGUAAUACUUGAUUGUACUCCGGACAUAAGUAAUGAAGAGCAAAUGUCUCUUGUCAUAAGAUGUGUAGAUGUGUCCACGUCUUCGACCAAAUUUGAGGAGUACUUUUUGGGAUUUGUAAAGGUGGACGACUCGACGGGAAGAGGACUUUUUAAUAAACUGGAAGAGCUCUUGCAGAACCUGAACCUUGAUAUUCGUAAUGUUAGAGGGCAAGGUUGGACGGUGUUUAAGAAACAUGUAAAAGGUUUUACGGUUAAACCAUUAUCAGAUACUCGGUGGGAGAGUCAUAUAGAAUCUAUCAAAGCAAUCCGAUUUCAAGCUCCCGAAAUACGAGAUGCCUUAAUAGAGCUGUCGACUUCGGCUGAUUUUGAUGCGAAGACAAGGGAAGCUAAAAUACUUGCAACAUCCAUGAAUAUAGAGCCUAUUUUUUAUGAGGUACGAGUACGAAAAAGAAAAAAGCACUUUGAUGAAAUCGAUGAGAUAGAGGAAGUACAACCACCACUGCAAGGUAUGGAAUCCUUCCGAAUUGAAUACUUCAUUUUUAUAAUGGACCAGGCUAUUUCUUCUCUCAAACGUAGGUUUAAACAAUUUCAAGCAUACGAGGAAACUUAUGGAUUUUUGUUUAAUAUAGAAAAAUUAAGGUCUCUUGAUGAUAGUACCUUACGGAAUUCUUGUGUGAAACUUGAAAAGUACCUAAGCUAUGAAAUGGAAUUCGAUAUCAAUGGGGAUGAGUUAUAUACGGAGUUGAAGGUUUUGCGAAGUUUUUUGCCUAACGAAACAAAAAAGGCUAUUGAUGUGUUGAGUUUCUUAACAAAUAUGGGUGGCUGCUAUUCAAAUGCGUCUAUUUCAUAUAGAAUUUUAUUGACAAUCCCUGUUACAGUUGCAUCUGCAGAAAGAAGUUUUUCGAAGUUAAAGUUGAUCAAAUCCUACCUUCGAUCAACGAUGUCUCAAGAAAGAUUAAACGGACUAGCGAUGUUAUCCAUUGAAGCAGAUAUGCUAAGUAGUAUUGACUAUGAUAGUAUUAUAAAUGAGUUCGCAUCCGUAAAUGCGAAAAGGUCGAUCUUUACGUCCAUUACUAGUAUUGUAUCUUCUUGAACAAAAUGAUAAAUGUUUGGUAAUAUUAUACUCAUAUCAUCAUGUGUUAUCAGGUA